AUGGAUGAUCCAAUGGAAAUUGAAUAAAGUGAAAUGAAAGUUUAAGAAGUUCCUUAAUAGAACAGAUUUCUUCAUUCUAAACGAAUGAUUAUAGUUGAUGAGAAAUGUUAAGCAAUAGUUCCAGAUAAACCAGAAAAAACUUUAGAAAAUUUUAAAAAGCAUGUAAAAAUAGUUAAUUAUGAAUAGAAACAAAGUCUAAUUUUUUAAACUGAAUAAAUUUAAAGUCUAUCCACAAUUGAUGAUUAUCUGCUAUUUGCAUCAUCUUUAAUCUUGAACUAAGUAGAUGAUAACACAAAUGAAGAUAUUAAAAAGAAGAAUAAGGGUUUUAGUGGUGAUGGCUUAAUUUUAAGUGGAUUAUCCAUAACUUAAGAAUAGNAUAAAUCCCCUUUAAAGAAAGCUUUUCUUUUUAUUAUAAUAUUUAAAACUUAGUUUAUAUAAGAUCCUUCUAAAUUUAAAUCUAAAGAUCCUGUAGACAAAAAAAUUUGUGAGUUAUACAGAAAAAUAUUAGUAUACUAAUAUAAUUAUUAUAUUAAUAAUCUCAAUUACAUAUUCUUAAUUUAAAUCCAAUGA